UCUACUAUGGGCGCUUUCAGGACACUAAAAGAAAAAAAUGGCUUUCUCAAAAGGAGAGGAAUUGAAAGAUGGCACAGGGCUGUGUCUACCAAUUUAGUAAAACAAAAUAUUUUAGUUCCUAAAGAAGAAUCAUCUAGUGACAAUGACCCAGAAUUUAAAGAAGGCCAAGAGAAAAAGAAAAAGAACGUGGUGAAAAAGAUGAAGUCUGCUUUGGGAAAGGUGCUGCCAUUCUACCACAGAACAAAAUUACUAAGCACCAGCUCUGUUACUCCCACAAGCCACAAAGCAACUAUCUUUUCGAACACCCACAGUCUUCUUCCUCGCAUCAUCAAGGAGCUGCCGUCUCCCAAAGUGUUUGCCAAACCGAAAAUACGAAAACUUUCCCAGAAUGCGACUAUCCAACUGGAUGUUAAUGUUGUAGAGGCAGAAACUAAAGAAAUAACUGGAGAAAAGACGCUAUUGCGAGCCAGACAAACAACAAAGCGUUUAUCUGUGACAUCUCUCCCUCCUGGACUCCAGAAGGUCUCAUAUUCAUCGAAAAGACGACGGCAUUUUCCAUCCCUCAGACGGAAGAAAGAUAAUGUGGAAAACAUUCUGUACAACUCAGAUGUAACAAUAGGAAAACUGCAAAUGCAGGUGGGUGAGCUCAUUGAGACAGUAACUGAUAAAUCCAUGAAAUUACUGGCACAAAGACACGCAGAACUCCAGCAAUGUGAGUUUCUAGGUGAUGAGAUACUUCAGUCAUCUAAGCAGUUCCAAAGGGUUUCCAAGAGAACCAUGAGGAAGUAUAAACUGAAAAAUGCAUGUUUUCCAUGUCUCUGCUGCUGCUGUUGA